GCCCCCCCGCCUUGACCCCUAAGUCGCCGACUGCGAUUGGCACUCCCCUCUUCGUCUUUACUUUAAAGUGCGGGGGGUGAGAGAGAGAGAGAGAGGAGAAGAACGAUCGAGAAGAAGAAGAAGGGAGAGAAUGGGGAAUUCAGGGAGCACAGCGAUCAAGAUAGCCGCCGUUGCAGGCGCUGCUCCUUUAGCAAUCGGCGCUGCUGCUGUAGCAAUCGGCGCUGCGUGGAGCUGUUAUUCGUGGUUGGAUGCGGUGGACCCAAAGCCCGAGGAAUCGGCGGAGACGAAACCUCAAGGGCCUUAUAAGUCGGAGUGGGUUGAGCGGGUUGAAGACUUAUCGGAUCUUGUACCCGGCAAGGGCGAUGAGCUUCCCCGGGACCCAAUAACAGACCGUGUGGGUCUUAGCCACCCAGGUGAAAUCAGAAUCCUCUGCUAUAACAUAUGUGGCAAUGGAUAUUUCAGGUUACCUAAUAGGAUGCAAGCAAUUGACAAACUUAUACAGAAGUAUCUCCCAGCUAUAAUUUUGCUCCAGGAAGUUACACCUGAGAUCUAUAAAAUAUUUAAGAAAUGCAGUUGGUGGGGGUCAUAUAGAUCUUCAGUUGAGCCGGAGAAGGCAACCAGAAAGUGUUUCUGCUUGGUGUUGAGUAUGUUACCAGUGAAGAAAUUCUUCUAUAGCCACUUUAAAAACACAUGUAAGGGGCUUUCUGCAGCUUACAUUAUAACUGCAGAAAGGAAGAAGUUGAUCAUAGCAACUUGCCAUCUCAAGAGGCCAACUCCUCCCGAAAUGAACAGCAUCGAGCGAGUGAGUCAGGCAAAAGAGGCUCUUGACAGGGUCAAAAGUGCAAAAAAUGUAAUAAUUGGAGGUGAUAUGAACUGGAAUGAGGAUUCUGAUGGGGAUUUUCCUUUGCUUGAUCAGUGGAAUGAUGCUUGGUCUGUUCUUAGGCCUGAUGAAGAUGGAUGGACUUAUGAUACUGAAUCUAACGGGAUGCUGCAUCAUAAGGGAGAACUGCAGAGGAGACUUGAUAGGUUUGUUUGUAAACUGCAGGAUUUCGAGAUGCUCAGCAUUAAAAGGAUAGGGAUGGAGAAGAUACAUGGGGUUCGAUAUAAAAUUAAGGGGGCAAAUGUCCCUGUUUUUCCUAGCGAUCACUAUGGUCUACUUCUGACAAUUUGUGCAAAGUAGCAUGUAUCUUAGGUUUUUGUUGUGUGUUCUGCAUUCUCUAUAGAGAAUUCCUAGAAUUUUGAAAUAGAUUGUCACGUGCAAUUAAGCCAGUUGCUUUAUUUUAAAUAGAAUGAAUUCAGAUUGCAGCAUAUUCAUUUAUUA